AAUUAAUAUACCCUUGUGCACAAGUGCGCUCGGGUAUAAAAAUAACCAAGGGGUUUUUGAGUCACGUUUCAUCACUUUCGGUUUUGGUUGAAGGAAAACGAGAAGAUGCCAGUAAUAUGAUCUCAAAUGCCAUAUUAUUAGUUAAAUGAAAUGUAUUUGUACGAUAUGUGAAUACGAAAUAGAGGAAAGGGCGUAGGGGUGCUUUCGUCACUCACGUGCACCACACUGCAAUGUACUACAAUACAUAUGUACAUAUGUAUGUACGUAGCUGAAGGAUACAAGGGAUACAAGUGCAUGUUGGCACUGGCGAAUGGUGGCGUGGGAUAGAUAAGGGAAUAACUACAACAACGCAUACAAUAACGUAAAAAUAUUUCCAUGGAAACUUUGCGACAAGUGGCGAACAAAACAAUUAUACCAAAUAAAUACUUACAAACACAUAUGCUCAUAUGUACAUAAUUCGGUAUACGAAUAAGAAUGUUUAAUGUUUGGGCUUUAGUGGUUUACUUAGCAGCUUAAAUGCAGGUUUAAAGAGGAUCAUUAUGCAUUGAAUUCAUGCAGUCAAUUAUCACUAUAACAAUUCGAGUAACCAACUAUUUCGAAAAUGUUGUUUAAAUCCAUAUACAUAUGUACAUACAUAAUUCAAUUGUGAUAAAAAAAAAAUAAAAAUAAAGGCAACAACACGUAAAAACUACGUGUUAAAGUAGGCAUUAAUAUGAAGUCAUAAAGAAUACAUACAUACGUAUGAAUGCAAAUAUCUACUAUGAUGACGCAUGCAGGCUUAUCGCGAUAACUUCAAGCAAACACCUUGCCCAACAACAUUUGAGCAGACCUCAACAGGUCGAUUGCCUUUUUCUAAGUCGUCGAAUCGCAAUCGGAACGCUACAGAUAAAUUAACUGGUUGUACGAGUGGAACUAACCCAGCUGUUGCAUCUUCCGAGACUGCUGCAUUACCAACGCCUAGAAUGUUAAGCCCAACUGCAACUGGAGAGCCUAUGUCAACGGCUGCUUUACUACGACAAAAUCAUGAGCUGCGUCAACGUCUGUCAGAAGAGGCAAGCAGCUAUAGGCGUCGUAUAGACACCUAUAAGCAGGCGCAACAAAAUCAAGCUAAUCUAGUUGGUCGCUUGCAAUCCAAAAUACAACAAUAUCGGCAGCGUUGUAGCGAUUUGGAAGAUCGCAUGCAUGAAUCGAUUAAACAUACACCCCUGCCUCCGCCAUGCGCCCCAAAGAUAACCACCGGUCCAACAUCUAGUCAAGUUAUGUGUUCAACUUCAAUGGCUUUAGGUCAAUCAAGCCUGCCAUGCUCAUCUUCGUUGGACUCACCACCUAUAACCUGUGCACGCGAUUUCAUUGUACAUGAGGAUAGUGGUGAACUUUGCCGUAAACUUGAGGAUGAGCAUAGCAAAUGUGAACAACUCAUUGCGCAGAAUAAUACAUUGCGACAACAAUUGGAAGAAUCUAAUCGCACGAACGAGGCCAUCACUAAUGACCUACAGAAGUUGACUAAUGAUUUUUCCAAUCUACGAGACGAAUUGCUUAUUAAGGAGGACGAAUAUAAGGAAGAGGAGCAGGCCUUUAAAGAUUACUACAAUGGCGAGCAUAACCGUCUGCUUAAAAUGUGGCGUGAAGUUGUUGCUGUUAAACGAGCUUUCAAAGACAUGCAAUCGGCCAUGAAAAAUGAAGUUGGAAAAAUGGGACUAGAGAUAAGCGGUAUUACCAAGGAUGUAACAAACUCAUGUGGCGGCCUGUCAUUCGUUCUACAGCAAGCAAAACGAAUAACGGAUGAGGAGCUUGUCGAAUCCAGGCGUGAGAACAACGACAUAAAAUCUCAAUUGGCUACACUGAAGGUGCAAUAUGAAAGCGCGCGUCAAGAAGUGCUCGAAAGGGAUCAACGACUACUCGACCUGAUGAAUCAGUUGAAGAAACUUGAAGAACGCUGUGCACAAGCCGAGUCACAAGCAAUGUUGGCCAAUCGUUAUAAUGAUGAAAUCGAGAGACUGAACAAUUCUAUACGUGAAAUUGCACAAGCUGUCGUACAAGAUGCUGAAAGUGCCGACCGUGAAGCGGACGUCGCAGAAGCAAACGAAACAAUGCAGCACAUGCACUUAACGCGUGAUAGUGGUGCUGGCAUGGGCGUGCCCACGAAAUCGCCGCGUCGUAGCUCAGCUCGUGCAUCACAAGCUUUCGCAGAAGGCACCAUAUCAGCAGUACAGGCCGCUCUACAUAAAUACCAAUUGGCUUUGCAUGAUAUGCAGGUUAAAUUUCAAAAUACCAACGAAAAUUUGCGAAAUACUAAAACACAACUCGAAACAAGCGAAGGCACAAAGACGCUAUUGACGACCAAAGUACAUCAGCUCACCGAAAAAUUGGAUGCUAGCAAUUCGAAGCUGUCUGAACUAUUGAAAGAAAGAGAUAGUCUUCAGAAGACACUAGAAGAGAUACGUCAACAGAAACAGCAAAGCGAGCAGGGGCGUCUCGAUUUAAAUUCUGCGUUUGAAAAUCUUAGCGGAGAUUUUGAGAAGUUACAGCUAAAAUAUGGAAAGUUGCAGAAGAAAAUCGAUCUGCUUGAAGAUGACAAAAAGGCGGUUGAACUGGAAAUUCAACGAAUACUUAAGGACAAAAACAUAAUUGAAAUGAAUCUAAGGUCUGAAGAGGACCGAGGAAGUCGCUUGCGUGAGGAGACAAUAUCCUUACGCGAAGAAUUGAACAGCGUAAGCCUUAGUCGCGAUCUGCUUGAGCAACAACGCAUCGAAUCCGAUAAUAUCAUUAAUUUAAUUGAAAAGCAAAAAUCUGAUUUAGAAUAUGAUUUGGACAAGCUGCUCUUGGAGAAAUGUGACUUGCAAGAGAAGCUGGACAAAGUGUCCAACAGCAACUCAUCCACCUCAGACGAAUUGAAAACAAUACAUAGUAGCUUAGCACAAACACAAGAGGAGCGCAAUAAACUCAAAAUCGAAGUAGAUGAAUUACAAAAGGAAAUAGCAACAGUGCGGAAGGAGUUGAGCAGCGUUGAAAAGGCACGCCUAGAAUUGGAAACGGAUAAUUUGUCAUAUAGCGAAAAGCUCAAAUGUACACAAUUGGAGAAAGAAAAAAUUCUACAGGACUUGGCAUGUAUCACUCGAGAUCGUGGUGAUAUUCACAAUCAACUUACAGCUUUGUGCCGCAAAAAGGAAUCCCUUAAUGAAGAACUAAUGCGAACACGUCAAAAAUUGGAGCAAACUGUCGAAACAAAUAAUCGUUUAAAUAGAAAUUUGGAAGAAAUGGUUAAAGAUGUGGAGGAGAAGCAGGUUGUAAUAGAUUUGCAUGAAAAGGAAACACAUCGUCUACAGGAAUUGCUGACGGCAUUGCGUACAGAAAAAGAGUCCCUAGAAGCAGUACUUUUCGAUACAAAUACUCAACUCGAAGCCACUGAGGAAAAACGUCAACAGCUCGAACGUGAUCUUCAGGAGGCACUCGUGCGCGAAGAAUCACUUAAAAAUUCGGUUACACGCCUGAAUAAAGAAUUGGAACAGUGUCAACGCCGCGCUCAAGAAACGAAAAAUCAACUAAUGAAUGCUGCACGCGCAGCUGAGAACGACUACAAUCAAAAGAUUGCCAGCCUCAAAGCGGUAGGCGAAGAAGCGGCUAAGAAACAUUCAGAAGAGCUUUAUAAACUUAAAACGGGAUUGGAGAAGCGUAUGGCGCAAGCACUUCAGGCACUACAAACAGCUAAGGAUGAUGAAAUUGAGAAAUUACAAGAGCGCCUAGAGGCAUUACAAGCGCAUUUAGAAAGUUUGGUACAGCAGCACGAAGAGGCUAUGAUACGGGCGGAAAAUGAAAAACAGCAGGCGCUGUUAAUGGCACAUCGAGAUAAGCAAGCAUUGAUGGAAAAGUUAGAGACUGCUACGCGGGAACUAAAGAACGAACAGGAGGGACUCGAACGUAUGAAACGUGAACAUAAUGCACACGAUGAAAAACAACGAAAUGCCAUUGCUCAGCUAAAGGAUGAAAUAUCCGCCAUGCGAACAAGGGAAGAGGAAAACAAAAUAAAACUCGAAGAAUGUAUACGAAAACAGGAAAUACAGCUAACGAGUGUAAAAGAAGAAAGAGAUAAUCUUAAUCGACUCUGUGAAGAGUUGAAAAUGGAUAUACGACUCAAGGAAGACAAAGUCGAAGGAAUUAACGCAGAACUACAAGAUGCGCUCAGGAAAGCAAAAGAAGGUGAAGCUUAUAUUGAUAGCUUGCGCAAUGAACUCACGGACUGUCGCCGUCAAUUGGCUGACAGUAAUAUUGAGAAGGAUAAAUAUUCCAACAGUAACAAGGAGCUGCGUGAUCACGUGAAGCAUGUUGAGAGCGCAAAACGCGAGCAGGCGCGCGCCAUUGAGGAAGCUUUGCAGAAAAUAAAUGCUUUGCAAGAUUCCAAAAGCUCAUUGGAAAACGAACGUACACGACUGACAACGAUCUUGAAAGAGACCGAAAAUAAUAUGAGUAAAACUGUACAGGAGCUGAAUGCCACCAAGAAUACAUUACAGAAAACGCAAAUGGACUUUGCGCAAAAGGAUGAAGGUGGUAAGGACCUCCAGAACAAAUUAGCUGCCGAAAUCGAAUUAAAGGAGCGUAGUCAACAGGAAUUGUGCCAGAUUAAGAAGCAGCUUGCCGAUUUAGAAGAAAAUCUAUGCGAAACCAGGGCAGAGCUUGGCCGUGCACGCUGUCAGUCCAAUCAGGAUGAACAUCGUUUCCACAAUCGCGAACAAGAGCUAUUAGCGCGUAUCGAAGAAGCUCGCGGUAGAGAGAAGCGGUUGGAAGAUCAGAAGCAUAACCUUGAGGUAUGUCUUGCUGAUGCCACCCAACAAAUACAGGAGUUGAAAGCUCGAUUGGGCGGCGCUGAAGGUCGAAUACGCGCGCUCGACGAGCAACUGGCUUGUGUUGAGCUUCACAAGCGCGACACAGAGCACAAGCUCAGCUCGGUUGCGCACACAUUGCGUCGUAUUGCAGGCAUUCAACCUGAUGGCAGUGUUAAUCUUUCCUAUCGCUUGAUAAGCCCAACAAGGCGUUAUAGUCCCAUUCGAAACGCAAUGGCGGCUGGCAGUUGCCAUGAUUAUGAUGCCAGAAGCACUUCACAAUGCCCGGAUGUACCUUGUGAUCUGGAUCCGGAUCUGGUGCGCAAAGGCGUACGAAAUCUAAUGCAUCAAGUGGCACAAAUCGAACGUGAAAAGGAUGAUAUGAAGGUGCAAUUAUCGGCAGCGAAAAAACAAUUACAGGAUGCCGCAGAGCAGCAGCUGCGUUGCGAUGGAAAAGUCAGCAAACUUCAGCAAAUGUUGCGUCACCUUCAGGAAGAGAAGGGCAAUUUGGAUACAGAACGUAGUAUGAAAAUUUCCGCUUUGAAUGCACUCGAAGAGAAGUUUAAGCAGAAGUGCGACGAAUGCCAGCAAAUGCGUGAAAAAAUUAAUCAGCUUGAAAUGCAGUUAGCAUCUUGCAAUGAGGAGAACUCCCAGAUCGAGGAUCGGCUAGAGAAGUGUCGUACACACGGAUCGAAAUUAGAGAACGAGAAACGUCAUCUGCAGGAAGAACUAGCGAAAGCGGAAGGACGCGCUGCGAAAUCGGACCUGCAGCGAGUUGCAAUGGAGGGAGAUAUAAAUCGCUUGCAAAUGGCCUUACAGGAGAAAGACUGUAAUGUGAGGCAGGCGCAAGAACGACUCGACAACCAGAAUCGUGCAAUGGUCCAAUUGGAAGAGCGUUGUUCAUCACUUAAGACUACGGUGGAUCAAAUGAAGGAUCGGCUACAAAAGGCGGCGGUCACUGAAAUGGAAUUGCGUGGCGAAUUGAAAGCACUGAAUAAGGAGCUCUCUGAACAAGGACACUGUUCGCAAUCAAAUGAAGAAAAAGUAAAAUUACUGCAAAAACAAUCUCAAGCAGCAGAAAACGAAAAGCGUAUACUUGCAGAGCGUCUGGAUAAUGCACAAAGUAAUUUAAAUGAAUUGCGACGCAGUCAACAAGCACAAUUGGACCGUAUUCAGCGGCUUCAAGAGCAAGUUACCGAUUUAGAAGUGCAACGUUCCGCUUUAGAGUCGCAAUUACGCAUUGCCAAGUGGAAUCAGGAGGCAGGUGAUAGUGGCGGUAUGGGCAAAAGUGCCGAUAAGCGCGAGGAAGAAGAGCUCAGUCGACAACUCAAAUCGUCUCAACGAGAAAAAUCCGAGUUACGCAAUAAAUUACAAGCUUUGCAGGACAAAGUCAAGCAAUUGGAGUCGGAGCGUAAAAGCAAGUUCUCCGGAAGUGGUGGGACCACAGCUUACGAUCGUGCGGAGAAGAAUACUUCGUAUUAUGAUGCCGGUGACUUCGACUCGAACCGCAUGGAAACCACAGCGGGCAAUUAUAGCUGUGGUCUUGAUCAUGCAGUCAUUGAGCAAGAGGCGAGGGACUUGCGCUUAAAAGUCCGUCGUUUAGAAACACUUUUAGCGGAGAAAGAGUCCGAACUAGCAAGACUUAAGGCACGUUUACACGAUAGUGCCAAGUGUGCAGAUGGUGGAAUAGAUGCGGAGCGUUACCGUAAUGCUCAAAUGCACGCUGAAAAGUUAUUGGAUGCUCGCGAGCAAUCACAUCGGCAGCAGGUCAUGCGUUUAGAAAAUCAAAUAUCUUUGCUACGUGAACAAUUAGCACAAGAAGCUAAACGUCGUCAGCAAUACAUUUUGCGUAGUUCAAAAGCCAAUCGCGAAAUGCAACACCUACGAAAUACUCUUGGCGAUUCAUUACGACAUGUUUCGCAACAUCCAUUAGAUCCUAAUUUAUUGGAAAGCGAAUCGAGACGCUUGGAUAAUGCCGUUUCGAUGAGUCUACCACCGUCAACCUGUCGGGAUUACGAUCAAUAAAUCCAUUUGUAUGGGACAACUUGAUUGUUACUAGCUAAUAUGUGGUCCAGGCAAAGGGAAAGGACUUGGAAAUAAAAAACUGCCACUUAAAGCUUCCUUAUUAAAAACUAAAUGCAUUUAUUAGAAUAUAUAUAUACAGGUAUAGAAAACACAAUUAAUACAAACAUGCCUAUACUCACUAACCCCUCUCAUACAAUAA